UAUUGAUAUAUGCGGUGACAGGUCAUUGUUUUGAUGGCCAUGUGUUUGAUGUGAUUGUCAUUCAUUGAGUGAUCUAUUGGUAAGACAAUCAACACUUCCACACAUUCAGACAUCUGUGGCAACAUGUCUGUCGAGUCUAUACCACGAGAUUUAAGACAUUUGAGGGCAUGUCUGCUCUGUUCACUCAUUAAGUCCUUCGAUCAGUUCGAGUUCGACGGAUGCGAUAAUUGUGACGAAUAUCUGGGAAUGAAGAACAACCGGGAAAUGGUGUACGACUGCACGUCCAGCAACUUCGAUGGAAUGAUUGCAUUGACCAGUCCUGAAGAGAGUUGGGUCGCAAAAUGGCAAAAGAUUAAUCGCAAAUGUAAAGGGAUUUACGCAAUCAGUGUUUCGGGACGACUUCCGGCUGGGAUUAUACGCGAACUAAAGAGCAGAGGAGUUAUCUACCGGUCCAGAGAUAGGUCUUCUAAUUGAAUGACACAUUGCUCUCACUUAUCAUACAUAUGUAACAUUGUAUCAAAAUAUGGCAUAA